CGUCGCGAUGUUUGAAAGCAAAACACUGCAGCACCCUCUCGGGUCCGAGCUGGGCAGGAAUUGCAGGAGGCUGUGCUGCCCGGCUGGCUGCCCGGAGAGCCAGGUCGUUUCUCAAAAACCUCUGAGAGGUGGGCCUUGGAGGAGACGCCGCUGCACCAAAGAACCAGAAAUCACACCCCAGUCGCUUGGGAGAGAACAGUUUGGCACGUCUCUGAGUGAAGAUGAGAGAAAGGCCAUAAGUCAGCCAAAAGAGCCUAGAAAUUCCCCUUUGGCCAAGAAAGCCAUGGCUGGCGGAAGGAGGUGAACACCACAAGACAAGAUGGCUUCCAGUUCCAGUCCCGCUUAGCGCGGCCCAGCUACCAAGCCAGGCCAGGCGGGAUGCGCCACUAGACCACCAUGGACGGAGCGAACAGCCCAGGCUUGCAGCUGCAGCAGCUCCUGCCCACAAGCAGUCCUGACCCUGUGAGCGAGGGCUCCUUCUCCUAUAAGGAAAACUUGAUUGGCGCCCUCUUGGCGAUUUUCGGGCACCUUGUGGUCAGCAUUGCACUUAACCUCCAGAAAUACUGCCACAUCCGCCUGGCAGGCUCCAAGGACCCCCGGGCCUAUUUCAAGACCAAGACGUGGUGGCUGGGCCUGUUCCUGAUACUGCUAGGCGAGCUUGGCGUGUUCGCCUCUUAUGCUUUUGCUCCACUCUCGUUGAUCGUGCCCCUCAGUGCUGUCUCCGUGAUAGCUAGCGCCAUCAUAGGAAUCAUAUUCAUCAAAGAAAAAUGGAAACCUAAAGACUUUCUGAGGCGCUAUGUCUCGUCCUUUGUUGGCUGUGGCUUGGCCGUCGUGGGCACCUACUUGCUGGUGACAUUUGCACCCAACAGUCACGAGAAGAUGACGGGAGAGAAUAUCACCAGGCACCUUGUGAGCUGGCCUUUUCUCUUAUACAUGCUUGUGGAGAUUGUCCUGUUCUGCUUGCUGCUGUACUUCUACAAAGAGAAGAACGCCAACAACAUCAUUGUGAUUCUUCUCUUGGUGGCCCUGCUGGGCUCCAUGACGGUGGUGACCGUGAAGGCUGUGGCUGGGAUGCUGGUCUUGUCCAUACAGGGGAACCUGCAGUUGGACUGCCCCAUCUUCUACGUGAUGCUCGUGUGCAUGGUGGCCACCGCCAUCUACCAGGCCGCGUUUUUAAGUCAAGCCUCACAGAUGUACGACGCCUCUCUGAUUGCCAGCGUGGGCUACAUCCUGUCCACAACUAUCGCUAUCACAGCAGGCGCCAUCUUCUACCUGGACUUCAUCGGGGAGGACGCGCUGCACAUCUGCAUGUUUGCGCUGGGGUGCCUCAUCGCAUUCUUGGGCGUCUUCUUAAUCACACGUAACAGGAAGAAGUCCAUUCCAUUUGAGCCCUAUAUUUCCAUGGAUGCCAUGCCAGGUAUGCAAAACAUGCAUGACAAGGGGAUGACAGUCCAGCCUGACCUCAAAGCUUCUUUUUCCUACGGGGCCCUAGAAAAUAACGACAGCGUCUCUGAGAUCUACGCUCCUGCCACACUGCCCGUCAUGCAAGAAGAGCACAGCUCCCGAGGUACCCCCGGGGUUCCCUACCGAGUCCUGGAGCACACCAAGAAGGAGUGAGCCCCCAGAAGGAGACGCACUUCCCCUCCAUUUAUAACUGCUCACGCUGUGCUGAGAGUGUUUCAACCUUAAUUCUCAAACUUGCCUUUCAAGUCUUAUUUUUUUAAACCAAGAACUCUAUGGACAGAGAUCUUGAAAGCCUUUGUCUCUGGCAAAGGAUGCCUCGUUUUGGUCAUGGAAAUUUCACUGAUGAGGGUGGGGGUGGGGGUGAAUGCAGUAUUCCAGAUGAACAGUAGGGAACUCAGCUGCUGCCUGGCACAGGCCAGCCAGGUUUGGAAAGCCUUUAUCAUCCUGGAUGAUGGUGACUGAGCUUCCCUAGUCAGUGGCCAAAGGUCGCCAUAUUUUUCAGCAUUAAAGCCAGGCAAAGAUUCUGCUUUUACUUUGCAAAUCCAAUGAAAGGCUAGAGACCUUAAAUCUAAUCUUGCUCCACCUCCCGGGCUGGGCUGAUCUCUGUCCAUCUCACUCAUGAUUCCAUAUUUGUAGUACCUUCCAUGUCGUCUUCGUGUGGCAGGGGGAGCGAGCCCGUGUGGAACAUUCUGCCUGCAGGAAAGGCACAGCUGCCUCCCGUUGUGCCCUUCCAGUGAAGUGUGUUCAAUGCCUUUGUGUUGGAUAGAUGAAAAUUGACUUGCUUUUGGUUCUGUGAACUACUUGAUUGCUUCCCCCCAGACACCCUAACAAGGGGAUUGGGAGGUUAUGAGUUGAAGGGGAGAGGGUGGGAUAAGGACAGCAGUAGGGGUGGUGUUGCAUUAGCCCAUAAAGGAAGAAAAAUCCCUUUUCUUCUUAGAAAUUACAAAAUGCAAUUGCUUUACUUAUAAACGGAUAAACAGAAAAUUGGCUGUUUUUUCCAGCCCUGGGAAGAUUGGGGGUGUUCAUCUUGCAUCCGUCCUCUCCUUUAUAGAGAGACAGACUCAAGCUUGAGCUCUUGGUUAAUGCCCUGGGAGUCCAUCGAGACCCUGGUCCUCGUGCCCACGCACAGGCAUCUGGGAGAAGCGAGCAUCCUCAGAAGUGGGGCUGCUGCUUGCUGUCUGGCUGUGUGCGUGCUUAUCUUCCCUUAGACUGACAGGAUACUUUGAGAAUAGCAGAUAAUGGUUUGCAAACUUUAAUGUGAAUAAGGUUAAGGAGAUUGUCUAUAAAUGCAGAGUCCUACAUCCUAACCACAGAUACGGGGAUGGAGCCCCAGAGGCUGCAGUCUUACUGGCAGCACAGGUGAUUCUGAUACAGGUAAUGCAGUAAUCACACACCUUGAAAGCCUAAUAAUAAAAAGAGAUGAUCUGUUAAAACCCCCAGGGCCUCACACACCACUGCUAGAAAGUUGGAAUUACCAUUCCUCGUUUCCUCUCUAGGGUUCAUUUGGCAGGUUGAAUAAUCCCCUUAGGAUCUGUGGCAUUUCUCCAUCCAGUGAUUACUACUUAGAACUAUACUUACUGCUUCCCUAGGCAGCCUUUAACUAAUAGGCAAGAUAACAGUGUUAAUAAACCAGUGUUGAUAGAUCAUUAACCUUUAUGUAUCGUGCUUAAUAUUGAUCUCGUACCCUGACUUCCAAAACUGACGUCUGUUUCCUGUGAUAUCCACUUCUGUGCUGUGUCUUACGUGCCUGGGAAGGCAACAGACCGUGCCAUUUUCCCCUUUAGGGUAGGUAUCAACUCGAUUCAGCAAUGUUUAUGAGGUGGUUACUGUGGGUUAAGUAUUUGCAUGGCAAGGGCUACAAGGAAUGAAACAUAGUUCCUGCCCUCCUGGUUACAGGAGGAAACUGUGGCAGGGUCAGCCCUGAGAGAUGCCAAGUGCAGUAACAGACCACAGAACAGGGUCUGUGGGUCCCCGCUGAAGGUCAGGGUCCCUGCUGAAGGUCAGGCCCUGAGCCUGGAACAGGGUAUUCAGAACUGGACAUGAUUUUGGUCCGGUUCAUUGAUAGGUAGCAAAUCUAGCUAAGUUUUGAACAGAGCAUAAAAAAUAGGGCGAUGAGCACCCAGGCGGAGGGGACAGAGGCACAGAGAUAGGGUCAGGCAGGGAGACUGGCAAAGAAAGAGCCAGGAAGGAUGAUGGGAAAUGAGGAAAUAAGCCUGGAAAGAUAAGCAGUAGAAGCUGGAUUAAUGAGAGCCUUGAAUGCCAGGCCAAAGAGUUUAAAGUGUAUCCUAGAGAACAUGGGAGCCAUUGAUCAUGACGAAGAGAAUGGCAGUAUCCACACUGACUGGAAAGAAGGCUUUAUGCAGGGUGGAAAAGAACUGAGGAAUAAUAAAAGUCACUUUUCAAGGUCAAGCUGCAAGCCUGCAAGAACAAACACAAAAGGAGUGUUACAUUUUGGUACAUUGUAAUCUGAGCUCCACUGAAGAUCAUGGAUUCUAUGCCACCCCAAAGCCACUGGGGAAAGCCCCUCCACCUUCAGGUUUGGGGCAGUGGCAUCCUACAAAGCUGAGUACAGGAGGCUGAGCAGAAAGUUGCAUGUGGUUUCGAGUGGAGGCCAGGACUAGGUCACCUGGGUCCUUGGGAAGAACAGUCUUGGUGUCUAGAAUUCUGACUCUGUCUCGGGCUAAUGCUCCAGUCUUUGUCCCCAGUGUAGGGUGGUUUGCUGGUGACAGAUGAGCAGCACUUGCUGUUAGGGGAGAAAGACAUCACCUUUUCACACAACCUAAUGAUGUUUAUCCCCAGACCUCUUGGGUGCUCCAGGCCACAUUAAAUAUCAUACCUCCAUCGCCUUCCUAGCAGCCAGUACCUAAGUCAAGAUGACCAAAUGUGAGUUUGAACUUUUCAGUUCUUCUCCCGCCUUCUCUCCCCACCCCACCCUGUGCACCUCCUCUGAUGGGCCGGGGUGCUGAGUCCCGAAAUGAGACAUCAGAAACAGUUGUUUGCAGACUGUCCCUGCGGAAUUUGAUGAGAGCUCAGCCCCUGCUCUCUAGUCCCCAAACCCCUCCUGUGAAGCUGCAGGUCAGAGAUCAUAUUAGCUUCAGGUCCCACCGGUGUUUUGCGGUGUAGAACUGGAUGCUGGGUAGGAAAGGGGGCUGGCAUCUCCAUUGCUUUUCUGGUGGACACCAGCCAGCUUGAUGGUGCUGUGAGGAGGUGAGGUGUCCAUCAGGCUAGGCUGCGGGUCCUCCACCCCGCACCUUGUCAAUUCCAUGUCUGUCCAACACUGGCUUAAGGCAAAAAAAAAAAAUUCACCGUGUGUUCAAUGAAGCCACCUUAGAACAUACUCUCUGUGGAUACUUAUAUUUUGUUAACUUUGUGACUGGUAUGGCAUGUCUUAUUUUUCAAAAACUGUGUGUGCUAGGUGCAAAUAACAUUAUGAAGUGGUAUUUAAUUAAAAAAUAUAUC